AUGACCCCCUCGGCGGCCGUCGACGUGUUCUUCCUCACGCUCAACUGUGCAAAGAACUUUAUUGACGUGCCUGUGUUUGCGAGCCACCUCCAUACGGUUUUCAAGCAGCGGGAGAACCUUCCUGAGCUCGUCGUCUUCUCUCUCCAAGAAGUUGCGCCAAUAGCAUACUCGUUUAUCGGAUCAUAUUUUCUCAACCCCUAUGUGACUCGUUACGAAGAAGCUCUCAACCUCGCCGCCGAUGCCCUCAACAACCCAAAUGGCCUCAGCGAAGCCACAGACGAGCAUGGCCCGACCUUGCUUGUCAACCGUGUGCGGCUCGCACCUCCGGUGUAUACUCACCCGAAAACGGUCACGGACAUUCAAGAGGCCGAGGUUGGCUUUGGUGCCGCCGAGAUGGGGAAUAAGGGGGCCGUCGGCCUCCGCAUCGUGUACGAGCCUCUAGGAAGCGACCAAAGCUCGGAAAUGACUUUUGUCGCGACACAUCUCGCCGCCAUGGAAUGGAACCUCGCCCGCCGCAAUGCCAACUGGGCGGCAAUCAUGCGCGGCCUUACGUUUGAUAACCCGGAGAAGAUCUUCAAUUCUCGCAAGGCUAGCGCCGGUGAUUCUGCUGCAAACCCCGAGGCCGAGCGCGUGAGUGUCGAAGAAGCCGUUCGCCUCUUGAACGACCAGCACAACGAAGAAAGCCUCCUCAUGCAAGAGAAACUCCAUAACAUAUCUGUUUUCAAGCCUACAUCGCACCUUUUCGUCGGUGGCGACUUGAAUUACCGCAUCUCGGCCACGUCGCCCUCUCCCGACGCCGAUUUCCCGAGCCUUGACCCUGAGUCAGAGCACUACUAUCCCUAUUUCUUCCCGCUUGACCAGCUUACCCGCGAGCGCCUAGCCGGCCGAACCCUCCACGGGCUUUCGGAGCACAAGAUAGACUUCCCCCGACGUACAAUUUGCCCCCAUAGGUACCCUUCGUGGACGGACCGCAUUCUCUAUCUGGACAUUGCGCCCUGGACAAAGGCCCGUCUUCCCAAGUCUCCCGGGAUCAAGGUGCAAGCCUACGAUUGUAUGCCUGUCAUGACAUCGAGUGAUCACCGUCCAGUCUUCUUCCGGGCCGAUGUCCCUGUGAUCGACAAGGCCGAUUUGAUUCCACCAAGGGGGUUGGAGGAUGACAUUAGUGCAGAGACGGUGGCCGAAUGGAACUCCGACCCGCGGAUGAAGCUGCCUGUGGCCAUUGAUCCGGAGGCCUGGGGACGACGAAUGGCAGCCAGGAAGAAGGAGGUCGUGGCAGGAUGGAGCAUGUUUCUGUGGAGCACUCAAGAGGGCGCGAUGAUCUUGGGCACCCUCGUGGUUGCCAUGGUUGGAGGGUGGUGGCUGUAUAAUGGAUGGUGA